AUGCCGUGGGUAGUGACGGUACGGAGUAGUAUAGGUGGUUGCCAUAGGUAUUGGCGUACCUCGUGGGCGCAAAGAGUGAAGCGCCAGCUCGGCUCAAAGCAAGAAGCCAUCCACAACGGACGCCUUUCCACAUCCAGGGGUUGGGGCCAGGGACAGAGUCGCAACGGGCUGACUCCAGAGAUGGGCUCGCUAGUAAGGGAUGCCCUGGGAGGGUCUGGGUCCUGGGUCUUGGUCUGGGUCUCGCAGACUGGAACCCAUGCCAAGUGGUGUAAGUGGUCCUUUGGUGAAUGGAGGAACUUCUUGAGUGGGCGAGUGGAUGAUGGAUGGGUGCAAUGA